AUGUCAAACCCAAUCCUCCGCCUCGGUAUCCUAGGCGCAUCAGAAACCAUUCAAACAACCAUCCUUCCAAUUCUCGCCUCCCUCAAAACUCACUUCAAGCUCACCAUAAUUUACGACCAAAAUGGAUCAGUUGCGAAACACUGCCAGAAAGAGUUCAAUAUCACCCACAGCACCACCUCCACGCAAGAACUCCUCUCUCACCCAGAGGUAGACCUAGUGCUGAACCUCCUCCCCUUCGAAUACCAUGAACAAUACACGAUCGCCGCUCUCGAGGCCGGUAAACACGUCAUGGUCGAGGUACCUCUCAGCCUGAGCGUUAACGGCCUGCGCCUCAUCCGCAAAGCAACCGCCAAAGGCCUAGACGUGCGCUCAAACCACAGCACAAACAAUGAUACAAUCUACAACCCGCCCAAGGUCUUCGUCGGCUGCGCGCGUCGCUACGCGCCUUGCUUCACAGAUGUGUUCAAGAAGGAACUUGCCAAUCUUGGCCGCGUGUAUUAUGCGCGAUGCCGUAAUAUCUCUGGUCCCUUGCGCAUUUCUGCCCUCCAACAAGCCUCAGUCAACGGUACAAACGGAUCCAGUCUAAACGGGGACGGAAAUGGAGAUGAUUUGACGGGUCAGAAUGGUGCUACCAAUGGACACGGCGAUGACAAUGUUACCAAGGACACCAACAACGCAAUCCCAAUCACAAGCACGGAACACUUCAAUGCCCUCCUCACUGAUAUUUUCGGCGCUGAAGACCUUACGCCCGACCGUGUCGCUUUCUGUCGCUUCCUGGGAAACAUGGGCUGUCACGAUCUCUCUCUAAUGCGCGAGUCACUGGGUACCCCAGACGCAGUCGCCAAUGUAGCGAUUACAGACCCGUUCUACUCGACAAUCUUCCACUACACAGAUUCAGAAUCAAUCUGUGGUCCUUCUGGCGAGGGAUACCCAUUCACAGUCAUGUACGAAACGGGUGUGGGUUCUGUCCCAAGUUGCGAUGCGCAUCUGACUGUCUACGGGGCCACGAAGACCAUCUCUGUGGAAUACGAUGUACCCAGCUUGGCUAGACCAGUAUCCCCUGAUGGUGGAGGACAGGUGAAAGUGAUUAUUGAGGAGCUGGAAAGUGAGGAUAAGCACAGCGACGAGAAUGGGAAUGGGUCUGCAAAUGGAAACGGGGUUUCGAAUGGAAAUGGAGUCUUGUAUCGUCCUCGUGUGAAGAGGACUGAGUACGUGAGCUCUCUUGCCGAGUCUUAUGAGCGUGAAUUCAUGGCCAUGCACUCUUAUCUUAAUCGUGGGUAUCAGACCGGAACUGGAGCUGAGGCCAAGACGACGGCUAAUGAUGCGCUGAUGGAUCUGCGGCUGCUUAAUAUGAUUUUCGAGCAUUAUGAUCGGCAGUGUGGUACGAUUCGGACUCCUUUGGGUUAA